GAGUCUGAGGGAAGAAAAUUUUCUAACCAAACACCAGUUUGGAAUCAACAAAACUCAUACAUGAUGUCAGGAAAGCGCGAACCAAACGAGCCCUAAACGCAUCUCUGAGAACAGCUGAAGGUACACAUUCUCGUAUACAAAUUACAAAACACAGAGCACAGUCAUUAGUUUGUCCUGUGUUGAAAAGCCCUAAACCCUUGGCGAGCACAGAAUGGGGGUAGAGUUGGAUUGUAGCACAACAGACGAGACCCAGCAGGACAACAUCGAAGCUUUGCUCCAGGCUGCAAGAUAUGACGAUAUGGAGAAUGUAAUAACCCUAGCUUCAGCUGGAGUUUCUCUUGAUUCCAAGGAUUCUGAAGGAAGAACAGCUCUUCAUAUGGCUUCAGCUAAUGGGCAUUUGGACAUUGUCAACUAUCUUAUCAGUAAUAGAGUUGAUGUGAAUGCCACUAAUGUGGAGAAAAAUACCCCUCUCCAUUGGGCAUGCCUUAACGGCCACAUUGAGGUGGUCAAAAGUUUGAUUCUGUCUGGAGCAAGUCUAUCACUUUUAAACAGCCAUGAGAAGACGCCUGUGGAUGAAGCUGUUAUUGGUGGAAAGCUGGAUGUAAUCGAUGCGAUCAGCACAUUAGAGGCUCAACUUGAACUCUCAAAUGCAAGGGUCUCCUAAACAUAACAGUGAGAAAAAUACUUGGUUGUAUACCGAGUCGGCGAGUCUAUAUAUUUAUUGUUCGUGUUGCAGAUUAUAUUUUAAACUGAACGUAACUACUUUUGGACAUGCUUGCAUGAGAAUCAUUGUUGUAAUAUCUUUCUGCUCUUUUUCACCAGGAAUUGUUUUAUCAUUGUAUAUGAGAUUAAAUAUGAUGAGAUACCUGCCUAGGUCUUGAAUUGUU